CACAGACUACACCGUAACGCAGCACACAUCAUCUUAAGGUUUGUUUGGUUUGUAGUUGAUUUGCUUUGUUCACUAUAUCUGCAACACCAUAUCAACAACCUGUGAAUCAUUCUGCAGGGUUAGAUCUAAAAACCUUAUAGAUACAUAUUUAAAUAUACGUCUUCAACCUCAAGUUUUCCUCUCUUGUAAUAUCAAUGGAUUUCGGAUUGUUCGAGAAAAGGUCUGACAGUCCGUCUGCUGUGGAGCCUCAAUCUGAGAUGUCGACUCAGAGCUGCUCUGAGAACAACCUGAAGUUUUUCUGUGAGUUGAAGCCUGGUCCUGGUCCACCACCGGACGGUGAUGAGGGCUACAAUGCUGACAUGGAUUGCGAGCCAGUGUCAGUCAUCCUCCAUGCACAGUGUAGCAUCUACCAGCUGAGGCUACGCAUCUGUAUGCAGGCCGAGGAAAAAAACUGUCAUCCAGAUCCACUUGCUAUACUUGACCCAGAGAGAUACACUCUGCUAUAUGCCAGGGGGGAUGAAUGGUACGAGGCCUACGAUGACUGUCAGGUUAUCAGGACAUUGGACAUUCCAUGGUUGCGUGAAGACACUGGGCACCUCUCUGCACAUAUAGUGGUAAAACCUGUGGUGGCAGUUGAUUCAGAGGAGAAGAAGAAACAGCAGCAGAGUCUGGCCUACCUGAUUGGACACAACCUGGAGAAAGACACGUCUGACCGGCUUGGUGAGCUCACAUUCACCCGCAGGAAACUGGCAUCUCCGAGGAGACAAGAGCUAAGAAAUCGAGAUGAUAAGUUGUAUGCCACCGAGCCUUGGGUAACUUGUGCCCCCAUUCCGAGUGACCUGCAGGAGCGACUAAACAGGAAGAUUCCUAUCACCCUGCAUUACAUGAGCAAGAUCAGCUUCAGCAUUCAGGUGGAUUUUAGUGCAACCCCAGAUGUUCUUCUUGAAGUUCUCAGAAGGGUGUUGGCAGACCAGGGGCUUCAUGCUGAUACUUUUGAUAGACUGGUAUUAAAAGUCUCAGGCAGGGAGGAGUAUUUAUCAGGUCAUUACCAUCUCAGCGAUUUCCUCUGGGUUCGACAUUGCUUGAGGACCAAUCAAGACCUUCACCUCUCUGUGGUGCCUGACUCACAGCUUGUCGAGGAGACCGUCCGUAUUGUGGACUGGCCACUCGUUGAUGGUUUCAGUGGCCAGUUCAGCUCCCAUGAUGAUCUUUGCCUUGAAGGGAAGGAUCUGGAUGACAUCUUCAUGAUAUCCUUGUGGGACUGUAACAGAAAACUCAGGGUCAAGUUGCUGGGCUUUGACAUCCCAAAACUUCCAAUCAAAUCCCCCCAGGUUGUUUAUGUCGAAGCUUCUAUUCUCUAUGGCAACAAGGUCCUCUCUUCAGUCUCGUCUGUUCCCAAGGCCUUCGCAGAUGAAGUACUGUGGAAUGAAUGGCUCCAUUUUGAUAUUCUCCUCAGGGAUCUGCCACGUGGAGCUAAGCUGGCUUUCACCAUUAAUGCAAGUGGUGGUGACAUCUCCCCAAUAACCAAAGACUCAGGGGAGACGAGGCUGCUCUACUUUGUUAAUCUUCUCCUCAUAGAUCACAGGUCCCUCCUCAGCCAGGGCUCUUACACCCUGCACAUGUGGUCCUACCCUGGCCAGGAAGAAGAGGCCAUCACCUACCAGGCAGACAAACUGUCCUCUGCUACUAACCCAGACGUUGCAGAUUCCAUGGCUAUCAGCUUCCUUCUAGACCGCUACAGCUUCCCUGUGGUUCUGCCAAAUAGCCUUGGUUCACCUGUAUGUUCUGGGAGUCCUAACUCCCCCUUCUCCUCUCCUAUAUCAACAGCCUCCUCUCUCAAAAUGUCUCCCUCACCCCUCUCACCCUCUCCCACUAUAACCAGCACAUACUCUUCCUCUCAACAUUUGAAACCUCCUGAGGGCCCAUCAGGUGACACAAUGGCUCUCAGAUCCCCACCCACAGUUGUCAGAACCCAAAGGCCUUGCCUAAAAAAGUUCCGGGAGGAGAGCAUCCGCUACGCGUCCAACCUACCCCUCUUCCUGCGCAAUGUUGAUUGGAUGAACCGCAAUGUGGUUGAGGAUGUUCACUGGCUACUGGGAAACUGGGAUACUGAUGAGCUUGAUAUCACACUGGCCCUGGAGCUGUUAAGCAUUGAAUUUGCUGAUGAGAGAGUCAGGAGACUUGCUGUCCAGAGACUGGAGAGCCUGUCCAAUAAUGAUGUAUUGAUGUAUCUGCUACAGCUGGUGCAGACCCUUAAAGUAGAGCCUUACCACGACAGCUUCCUUGCUCGGUAUCUCAUCCAAAGAGCUUUGCGGAGCAAGAGAAUCGGCCACUUCUUCUUCUGGUACGUCCGCAGCGAGGUGGCUGGGUGUCCUUACUUCCGCCAGCGCAUGUCUGUGAUUCUGGAGGCUUACCUGCUGGGCUGUGGCCAGGCCAUGCUCGACAGCUUCGCCCAGCAGGUCCAAGUUGUGGAGGCUCUGCAGGAGGUCGCUUUAACGAUAAAGAGACUUUACCCUGACAAGACUGACCUCCCUCCUACAGCUCCCAUCAAGCUCCAAGAGCUUCUCAGAAACUGUAAUCUGCCAAAUGAAUUCCUGUUGCCCUUUGACCCUCGCAUCAAAGCUGGAAUGAUCCUGCUGGAUAAAUGCAAAGUGAUGGCCUCAAAGAAGAAGCCUCUGUGGCUGGAGUUCUCUCCCAUGCCGUCGCCGACCUCUGCUACACCUGUCGGAAUAAUCUUCAAACAGGGCGACGACCUCAGACAAGACAUGCUCGUCAUUAAGACAUUGAUGGUGAUGGACUCUAUCUGGCAGGAGAAAUCUCUGGACCUUAACCUUGUUCCAUAUGGCUGCAUCUCCACAGGACACAACAUAGGUAUGAUUGAGAUAGUGAGGAAUGCAGCGACCAUUGCUGCAGUGCAGAGGAGCCACAGAGGAACAGCUGGAGCUUUCAGAAAUGAUGCUCUGUUUGACUGGCUCAAGUCCAAGUGUCCACUCCAGGAAAUUCACUACGAGACUGUGGAGAGGUUUGUGAAGUCUUGCGCUGGUUACUGUGUUGCCACUUAUGUAAUGGGUAUCGGAGAUCGACACAAUGACAACAUCAUGAUCACAGACCAAGGGAACUUGUUUCAUAUCGACUUCGGUCACAUCCUGGGUAACAGGAAGCACUUCCUCGGUAUGACCAGGGAGCGUGUACCAUUUGUCCUCACACCUGACUUCCUGUAUGUCAUGGGCAGAGUCAAAGGUCGCAACAGCCUAUAUUUCCAACGGUUCAUGGACACUUGCACACAAGCCUACCUCUCCCUGCGCUCCCACUCUCGUCUGCUGGUCACUCUUUUCUCCCUCAUGCUGCUGACCGGCAUCCCAGAGCUGAGUGCUGCAGAGGACAUGCGCUACCUGCGUGAGGCGCUCCAGGAUGAACAGGGUGAGGCGGAGGCCAAGGAGCAUUUCCUCCAGCAGAUCUCUGAGUGUGAGAAGCUGGGCUGGACCGUGCAGGCCAACUGGUGGAUCCACAUGGUGGCAGGCAUCAAAUGAUUGAUUUGUUCUGCUGUGGUUCAGCUCUGGAGGAGGUGAAAUGCAUGUUUGAAUGUCUACAUAUAACAAUGACUUUUUCAAUUUUUUCAUUGAUGUAUAAAUUGUAUUUGUGUAGCAAGUUUAGGCUGCUUCUAUAUGCAUUUAUCUGGAGAAAGCUGUGUAGCAACCAAUGAUAUAAUAACCAAAGAUAACAUGUCUGCCAAUAACGUAAUAAUUUUUCAGUUUUCAAUGUAAUAGCAUUUCUAAAGCAAUAACAUAAUAACUUUUUGCCCAUAAUUUAAUAAUUGAUUACAUUUGUAUUAUGAUAUUUUAAAGAGGAAAUAGCGGUGGUUAGUGUCAUGGAAGUUGCACAUGAAUAGCAGAAAAAACUGGGCAGUGCAAAGGGGGGUACAAGGUGUGAUCAGAUGCCUGAACAGAUGAUCAUAUAAAUUUCUAACAUGCAUAAAAUGUCUUCAGACGCUCGCACAGAUGAAGCACAAUCAAGAGUGGAUUCCCCUAAAUCAGCACCUUCUCCCUCACUACGUCUGUUUGAAAUGAAAAACAUUACAGAAGUUGGAAAUGUAGUUUUGGGCUGGAAGAAAUUGCACAGCAAGAAAGAUAAAGAAGCAGAUGAAAAGAGUGACUCAAACGUAUUUGGUCACACAGAAUAGGAUCAGGGCAGUGUGUUACUCCCUUGUUAGCAUUGUUAUUAAACAAACUUCUUCUUUUUUGACCAAAACACUAGCCUAGACCUGGUCCAGAGGAGCCUAUGCAACGUACAGUGUGAGUAGUCAGGUCGUGUCAGACAAUCGGUCCAAAAGCGUGAGCACAUAAGAGGAUUUACUACAACAACGGGAAAGAAUAAUCAUGGUCAAUGUUGCAGGUUGAGUUGCUAUGUCUACCCCGGCAACCCUUUACAAUUUCUUCUGACUCUCAGAUAAAGCAAUUAUAAUAAAAAAGUUGUAUUAUUC